UCCACCUCCUUCUUCCGUCGCCGGUUGGUCUAACUGUGGGCUGUGACGUUCAAGGGCGGGGCGCAGAGGGAGAUACCGAGGCCGAGAGGGGCCAAGCCCCUCAGUCGCUCCGGAAGACGGGAACAAGGGGUGAAGAUGGUUUACAUCUCGAAUGGACAAGUAUUGGACAGCCGGAGCCAGUCCCCAUGGAGAUUAUCUUUGAUAACAGAUUUCUUCUGGGGAAUAGCAGAGUUUGUGGUUUUGUUUUUCAAGACUCUGCUUCAGCAAGAUGUGAAAAAGAGAAGAGGAUAUGGAAACUCCUCUGAUUCCAGAUAUGAUGAUGGAAGAGGGCCACCAGGCAACCCUCCCAGAAGAAUGGGUCGAAUUAAUCAUCUGCGUGGCCCUAGUCCUCCUCCAAUGGCUGGUGGAUGAGGAAGGUAA